AUGAGUUCCUCUACCUUACUGCUGCUCUUGUGUGCACUUUCGCUUUUCUAUCUCGUUGCGAACAUCAUCCUUCGCAAAAUCACUGCCUCUCGAUUCAAAUCACACCACUCAUGCCUAGAUCCUCCUGCCUUGCCUCAGCGUGAGCGCAUCAUUGGACUCGAUCUGCUUAAAUCAGGUGCUGCCGCGGUCAAAGCAAAGAACAGUCUCGAAUGCGCAGUCCGCCGUAUCGAGUCCACGGCCAACACCUAUUCCAACACGAUUUUGGGACUCAACAUCAUAACCACCAUCGAUCCCGCAAACAUCCAGACUAUACUUGCACAAAAGUUCAGCGACUAUGACCUUGGAGGAAGAAUUCAUGCCUGGGGCCCACUCGUUGGCAAGGGCGUAUUCACCUCCGAUGGUCCAGAAUGGGCUCACAGGCGAGCGAUGAUCCGACCAAAUUUCUCCAAGCAGCAAGUCGCCAGCUUAGGCAUGUUCGAGAGACACUUUGGACACCUUCUAGCGCUACUGCCUCGAGAUGGAUCAACGGUCGACCUGCAAAAAUUGUUCUUCAGCAUGACUCUUGAUUCAGCUACAGAAUUUCUGUUCGGUCAAUCAGUUGGAGCCCAAGGCGCGGGAUCUGGAAGCGAAGCUGAUCGCUUCCAACGUGCAUUUGACUUUGCUCAACAUCAGAUGCCUGACCGUAAUCGUUUGGGCGUCAUGAAUCGCUUCAUCCCAAACGCCAAGUUCAAAGCUGCUUGCAAAGUCGUACAUGCAUGGGCAGAUACAUAUGUCGAGCAGUGGUUACGCAGCAGGGAUCUCGAGUCGCCGAAGCCUAACAGUGAGAACAGCAAGUAUGUCUGCCUCGAGCAGAUCGCCGACCAGGUCCAGGAUCCCAGGCAGCUCCGCGAGGAGAUGUUGAAUGUCUUGCUUGCUGGAAGAGACACUACUGCGGGUCUGCUUUCCAACACAUUUCAUGUCCUAUCCCGUCACCCCGAUGUCUGGGAGAAAUUGAGAGCAGAAGUCGACACACUGGAAGGAAGACUCCCGACCUAUGAAGACCUCAAAAGCCUCAAGUAUCUCAAAUGUGUCUUGUGCGAAGUCCUCCGCCUCUAUCCUCCUGUGCCAACAAAUGCACGUUGUGCGAAAGUCAACACUGUUCUACCUACCGGUGGCGGCCCCACACGCACAUCGCCUGUCUUUGUGCCCAAGGGCUCGAUAGUUGUUUACUCCAUCUAUGCCCUUCAACGUCGCCAGGAUAUCUAUGGACCCACAGCCAAGCAGUUCAUUCCUGAGCGCUGGACCUCCGACUCACCUGACGAUCCUCUAAGGCCAGGCUGGGGCUACAUCCCAUUCAGUGGCGGCCCAAGGAUCUGUGUUGGUCAGCAGUAUGCUUUGACUGAGGCUAGUCACACCAUUGUCAGGAUGUGUCAGAACUUCAAGGAGUUGCAAUCUAGAGAUCAAGGGCCAUGGAAGGAGGGUCUAGGACUGACAUUGUGCAGUGGUGAGGGCACACAUGUUGGAUUGGUCCCUGCUUGA